UACUUCCUGAAAAUUAAACUGUCCUUAUUGAUCCUCCCAAGAAAAAUAUCAAAAAAAUGAAAUUCACACUUGUGGUCGAAAUUCAAAGCUUCACUCAAUCGUCGCCAGUAUCUAUUCUCUGGCAUUCCCCUUCCCCUUCGUCCAAUUACUCCUUUCACUCUUUUCAUCCAUGGCCGCCGCCGUUGCUGCAGCAGGUGGGGUUAGCAUUGGAGUCUCAAAGCUCCAGCCGCGCCAUUUGAAACACCCCACUUCCCCAUUUCUCGGCAAGAAGAUCAGGUUCAAGCACAAAUCGGCCUUCGAAUCGGCCUACUGUUGGAGGGUAUCGAUUAAGAAUCCGAGAAGGGUUUUGGUUUCGGCUCUGGGCACCGAGCUCAUCGAUGUGGUUCAUAAUCUGUUUGUGGGUGUGGGAGUGGGGCUUCCUUGUACGGUGAUGGAGUGCGGUGAUAUCAUUUACAGAAGCACUUUGCCGAAGCCUAAUGGAUUAACUCUCACAAUUCCUGGUGCGAUUCUGGCUUUGGGUACUCUUUCUUAUCUCUGGGCCACUCCUGGAGUGGCUCCUGGCUUCUUUGAUAUGUUUAUUCUUGCAUUCGUCGAGAGGAUUUUCAGACCCACUUUCAGAAAGGAUGAUUUUGUUUUGGGAAAGAAGUUGGGAGAAGGAGCGUUUGGUGUGGUCUAUAGAGUGGCACUGGCUAAAAAUCCUUCAGAGAAGAAGGAAGGCGACCUUGUCUUGAAAAAGGCUACAGAGUAUGGUGCAGUUGAAAUUUGGAUGAACGAACGAGUGCGACGAGCUUGUGCUAAUAGCUGUGCAGACUUCGUGUAUGGUUUCCUUGAGAAUUCUUCAAAGAAAGGAGGUGGUGAAUAUUGGCUCAUAUGGAAGUUUGAAGGGGAAGCUACAUUGGCAGAUUUAAUGCAAUCCAAAGAUUUUCCCUAUAAUGUAGAGAGGAUGAUUCUCGGGGAGGGCCAGCAGCUGCCAAAAGGGUUGGAAAGGGAGAAUAGAAUCAUUCAGACCAUAAUGCGACAGCUCUUAUUUGCAUUGGAUAGUCUUCACUCCACAGGAAUUGUGCAUAGGGAUAUCAAGCCACAGAAUAUCAUUUUCUCUGAAGGAUCUCGCACUUUCAAAAUCAUUGAUCUUGGAGCUGCAGCUGAUCUUCGAGUUGGCAUUAACUAUAUUCCAAAGGAGUUUCUACUGGACCCUAGAUAUGCUGCCCCAGAGCAAUAUAUCAUGAGCACUCAAACUCCAUCCGCUCCCUCGGCUCCAGUGGCAACCGCACUUUCUCCAGUACUAUGGCAGAUGAACCUUCCUGAUAGAUUUGAUAUCUACAGCACCGGUCUCAUCUUCCUCCAGAUGGCAUUUCCAGCAAUGCGGACAGAUAGCGGCCUCAUACAGUUUAACCGUCAAUUGAAGAGGUGUGACUAUGACUUAGUCGCGUGGAGGAAAAGCGUGGAGCCUCGUGCCAGUGCGGACCUAAGAAAGGGCUUUGAAUUGUUGGGUUUAGAUGAAGGAAUAGGAUGGGAACUGUUGACGUCAAUGGUUCGAUACAAAGCACGACAAAGAACGAGCGCUAAGGCAGCUUUAGCUCACCCAUACUUCGACAGGGAAGGUUUAUUGGCUCUGUCCUUGGUGCAGAAACUGAGGCUGCAAUUCUUUAGAGCUACACAGCAAGACUACACUGAAGCUGCUAAUUGGAUCAUUCAGCUAAUGGCAAAAUCAGGAACUGAGCAGGAUGGCGGCUUCACUGAAGCUCAGCUUCUGGAGCUCAAAGAAAUCGUGCCGAAGAAGAAAGCGAGUCCUGAAAGAAACGCUCUGGCUUCGAUUCUGAAGGUGCAACGGAAGAUCCUAAAAACGUUAAACGAAAGCAUGGACGAGUUCAGCCGACGAAGCAAGAGCCUGUGGUGGAGUAGGUGGAUUCCCAGAGAGGAAUGAAGAUAGUUUGUAUGUAUGUAUAGUUCCAAGUUUUCUUAUUUUUUGUUAUUGUGGUCGUAAAUUUAGUGUAGCCGUUCUAACUAAAGACAAUUGAAGAUAUAGAAGCUGAAAUCUAAGAGAUACAUAUAAAAGCCUUUCAAACAGGUAUCUUAUCGAUUCCUCUAUUGACACUGAAAGGAGUCUAUGUAUGGCAACUGUAUUGCAUGUAAUUAUCAGUUAUGAAUGUGAAAAAUACAGAUCAAAAUUGGUAUUA